GCCAUUUUCUUUAUUAUUUUAAGUGUUAAUAAAAUAGGAAUAUCAUAGAACAAUUACAUUUCAGUGUUUAAUAUUGGUUCUACAUUUGGGAUAACAUAAAUUUGUAGAUAACCAUGUGUUCAUUUCGAUCAUAGACGUUAACAGUAUUAUUCGUUCAGUGAUUUUGUGUACUAUAUUCAAUCAAAUACUGUCGAGAAUACUCAAUUAAGAUGGAUGUUGCUGAUACGUAUGCCACUCAGAGCCAAGUAAAGGAUGAGGUUGGUGUACGAUGCCAGAAGUUGUUCCAAGACUUUUUAGAGGAGUUCAAAGAGGACAAUGAGACAAAAUAUGAAAAACAGGCAAAGGAACUUUUUAAACCAGAGCUGAGCACACUAGAAGUUAGUUUUGAUGAUGUUGAGAAGUACAAUCAGAAUCUUGCUACAACAAUAAUCGAGGAAUACUACAGGAUAUAUCCGUUUUUAAAUCAAGCCAUACUAAAUUACGUAUUGAGUCUAGCUGAUAGUAGCGUGAAGAAGGAUUUACAAGAUAAGGAGUGUUACGUGUCGUUUGUUGAUGUACCAACUAGGCACAAAGUGAGGGAGUUGACUACUGCAAAGAUUGGUACUCUUAUCCGAAUCUCUGGCCAAAUUGUCAGAACACAUCCAGUACACCCUGAGCUGGUCUCUGGCACUUUUGUGUGCUUGGAUUGUCAGACAGUUAUUAAAAAUGUGGAACAGCAAUUUAAGUACACACUGCCAACGAUUUGCCGGAACCCAGUGUGCGCCAACCGCAGAAGGUUCAUGUUGGACGCAGACAAGUCGGUGUUUGUGGACUUCCAGAAGAUUAGGGUACAGGAGACACAGGCAGAGUUGCCCAGAGGUUGUAUACCACGGUCACUAGAAGUCAUAUUGAGAGCAGAGGCAGUAGAAUCUGUGCAGGCCGGAGACCGGUAUGACUUCACUGGAACAUUGAUAGUGGUUCCUGAUGUGGGUUCCUUGUCCAUGCCCGGGGCUAAAGCCGAGCUCACCACCAGAACACGGCAAGCUAAUGAAGGCCAGAUGGAAGGAAUAAAGGGACUUAAGGCUUUGGGUGUUAGGGAACUACAUUAUAGGACAGCGUUCCUAGCGUGCAGCGUGCAGGCGACGUCGCGACGCUUCGGCACCGCUGAUCUUAUAACAGAUGACAUGACUACGGAGGACAUGAGGAAGCAGAUGACCGACAAGGAGUGGGAUAAGGUAUACGAGAUGUCGCGCGACCGCAAUCUAUACAACAACCUUAUAACGAGUCUGUUUCCAAGUAUACAUGGCAACAAUGAGGUCAAACGGGGCAUACUGCUUAUGCUGUUCGGUGGAGUUGCCAAGACUACUGUUGAGGGCACCACCCUCCGUGGCGACAUCAACGUGUGUAUAGUGGGCGACCCCAGCACGGCGAAGUCACAGCUGCUGCAGCAGGUCAGCGACCUCAGCCCCCGGGCGGUGUACACGAGCGGCAAGGCCUCCUCCGCCGCCGGUCUCACCGCCGCCGUCGUCAAGGACGAAGAAUCCUUCGACUUCGUGAUCGAAGCCGGCGCGCUCAUGUUGGCGGACAACGGCGUGUGCUGCAUCGACGAGUUCGACAAGAUGGACCCCGGAGACCAGGUCGCCAUACACGAGGCGAUGGAGCAGCAGACCAUAUCUAUCGCGAAGGCGGGCGUACGCGCCACCCUCAAUGCUCGAACGUCCAUUCUAGCUGCAGCAAAUCCAAUCGGCGGUAGAUACGACCGAGCGAAGUCCCUACAACAGAACGUAUCUCUGAGCGCUCCUAUUAUGUCCCGUUUCGACCUCUUCUUCAUACUCAUAGACGAAAGCAGUGAGAUGGUAGACUAUGCUAUAGCGAGAAAGAUCGUGGAUCUACACUGCAAUAAGGAGGAGACGUACGACUGUGUUUAUUCGAGAGAAGAUCUGUUGAGAUACAUCGCGUUUGCUAGGUCCUUCAAACCUAUUAUUACUGAGGAAGCUGGUCGGUUGCUAGUGGAGUACUACACGGUGCUGCGCGCGCGGGGCGGCGGCGCGGGCGCGUGGCGCAUCACGGUGCGCCAGCUGGAGUCGCUGGUGCGGCUCAGCGAGGCGCUCGCCAAGAUGCACUGCAGCGGCCGCGUGCAGCCGCACCACGUGCAAGAGGCGCAUAGGUUGCUGAACAAGUCUAUAAUCCGCGUGGAGCAGCCCGACAUCCAUCUCGACGAGGAGGACCCACAGUACGAGCCCGGCAUGGACAUUGACGAGACACCAGACACCGAGACCCCGGCGGUAAACGGCGAUGCGGCUAAGAAGAAACUGACACUGUCCUUCGAGGAGUACAAGUCUUUGAGCAACAUGCUCGUCGUAUUCAUGAGAAAAGAGGAGGCAGAGGCUGAAGAAGCAGGUUCGGAGAGCUCCGGUAUGCGCAAGAGUGCAGUUGUCAGCUGGUACCUCGAGCGGCUGGUCGCGCGGGGUGACAUAGACGACGAGGAGUCGCUCUUGCAGCGUAAAACACUCGUUGAGAAGGUCAUCGACCGACUCAUGUACCACGACCAAGUUAUCAUUCCAUUGUCGACGACGGGGCUGAAGUCGACACAAAAAUCGUCAGAGCAAGAGAUAGAAGAUGAUCCUUUGCUCGUUGUUCAUCCGAACUAUGUUGUGGACUCGUAGAAUUUGUUUUCUUUUUGUAAUAAAAUAUCUUCUUUUAA